AUGAGGGUCUCUCUUCAUAAUGACUUGAAAGCGAAAGAGUUUUCCGAACUAUUGAUUGACAUAGGUAAUGGAAAUAUUACAGAGCAAGAAGGAAAGAUAGUUAUUCCAGAUAACCUUUGUAAUACUGUGGGAGAUUUGAUUACUUUGACUGAUAGAAUACACCCAAAUAUUGAACAUGUCACACUAAAUAGUUUAUCGUGGUUGAAAGAAAGAGCAGUUCUGACUUCAACAAAUAAAUCAGCAGAUAGAAUUAACACCUUUAUGCCAGAAAAACUAACAACUGAACAGAUGAAGUAUAAGUCUGUGGAUACGGUCAUAGAAAUAGAAGAUACUGUUCAUUAUCUUGUGGAGAUUUUGCACACUCUCAAUCUACCACGUAUACCGCCUCGUAUUCUUUGUCUAAAAAUUGGUACGCCAAUAAUGUUGUUGCAUAAUUUGAAUCCUCCCAAAUUAUGUAACGGCACCAGACUCAAACUGAAAACUCUAAGGAAAUCUUAG